UCAGACCGGUCCGUUGAUCCGAAUGCCGAUUCAGUCGGUGCAAGCAUGUUUGUCUCCGGCUCCUUGACGCCGGCUUUCAGCGAAGUUGGCCUUCAAGAAGAUGACCUCAUCUCUCUACCUCCCGAAUCACCGCAAGACGACCCGGCCUGA